AUGGAAGGCGUCCCGUGUCUUCGUGUGUUUUCAUGUCAUGCACAGCUGUUCAGGACAUGUCUUCAGUCCAGAGGGCUGCUUGACCCGAGUCUGAGCUUGGUUAAAGACUCGGAUGGGACAGUCCUCCUGCCUAUUUUACCGUCCAGGCUGUCCCAGCUUGAUCUUCAGUCUCUCAGAAACAAUGUAUCUUCUGAUUGUGACAUAACUUGGAGUCAGUCUCUACUUCAGUCAAAGAAAACCAAAGGGAAACCAGGUGUAAAUAACCUGCAGAAGUUCCUCCAGGAGCUCUUGGAGUCUCAUGGUGAGAGAUGGAUGCAGGAGCUAGAGAAGGACCUUCCUCGUAGUUUCCAGAGGCAUGGAGACCUCAUCCUGCUGGGAGACAACUGUUUCACCCUGCCUUUGUGGAAGAAAAUAGAUGAUCAGUUAUGGAGUACAGUGGCCAAAGGACUCGGAGCGAAGCGGCUGGCAAAGAUGAGCCGAAUAUCCAGGGAUGGAUUCAGGUCUCCUGUGGUGAUGAUGCUAUUAGGAGAGAACAGCUGGGUCAAACAUGUGGACAACAGUAUCAGCUAUGAAUUCGAUGUUACCAAAUGUAUGUUCUCAGCUGGAAACAUUACAGAGAAGCUCCGGGUGGCUGGAUUUGACUGCAGAGGAGAGACUGUGGUGGAUUUAUACGCAGGUAUUGGAUACUUCACCCUGCCUUAUCUGGUCCAUGCGAAGGCCGCUCACGUUCUCGCCUGCGAGUGGAACCCUGACGCUGCUGCAGCUUUACAGAAAAACCUCGAGGCAAACGGGGUGUCGGAUCGUUGUACCGUUCAUCAAGGAGACAAUCGUCAAUUCCAGCUGUGUGACUUUGCCGACCGCGUGAACUUAGGUCUCAUCCCGAGUUCGGAGGACGGCUGGCCCGUCGCCUGUCGCCUGCUGAAGAGAACAACCGGCGGCGUUUUACACAUUCACCAGAACGUCACCUCGCCGUUACAGAACCGCGCCGCUGACGAUGAGACUCGGAGAGUUUCUGCAAAGAGGACUGACAGAGAGGCGUGGCAGUCCUGGGCCGAUGACGCCGCAGACCGAAUCGCUUCACUUUUAAGGAACCUCACCGGUGCAUUGUGGGUAACAAGCAUCCAGCACAUAGAAAAUGUGAAGUCGUACGCACCUCAUGUCCACCACAUCGUGCUGGACCUGGAGUGCAGACCGUCACAGAUCUACGCUGAUUCUGUGCCGACACCGGGGAAUAAAACAAGCAUCAACCUAAACACCAGAACCUCUGUUGGAAUAAAUCAACCACCCGACUGAAUACUGGGACUUUUUGUGUUUGUUAAACUUUAAAUGGGUAAGAAAUCAUCAAACUGUCCCCAACAGAUUUGACUUUUUGAUGCCUUGUAGAGAUUCUUUAAAGCACAGAUGAGCAUUUAUUACACAUUUAUUCAGGCUGCUAGAACGAGCGACACCACAAGAAGAAAAUGCAACAAAACAUUAUAAAGUAAAGCCAA